UUUUGUUUUCCUAAAUCCUAAUUGGCCCACUCAUCGCUGUUCUCUACCUAAAGACAACCCAAGAACGUGCACCAUCGUCUUCAUCAGGCCAGAGAAAACUUCUCUCAUUAAUGGCGUCGUCUUCCCCUAAACAUGAGCUGAGGGAUCAGGAAAAGGAGCAACCACAGCCGCCACAGCAGGAGGCACUGAGAGAGUUUAUGCACAAGACCAAAACGAUUCAGUUUCUUGGACGCACCAUCCCAAUCGUUCUUCAAAAUGACAACGGUCCCUGCCCUCUCCUCGCUAUCUGUAAUGUGCUGCUGCUAAGAAACAUCUUAAAUUUGAGUCCAGAUAUUGCUGAAGUUUCGCAGGAGAAAUUGCUUUCACUGGUUGCUGAACGAUUAAUUGAUUCCAACAGUAAUGUGAAUAAUAAAGAUGCAGGCUAUGUCAAAAAUCAGCUACAGAACAUUUCCGACGCGAUUGAUUUGCUUCCAAGACUUGCUACUGGCAUUGAUGUAAAUAUAAAAUUUACCAGAAUAAAUGAUUUUGAGUUCACUCCAGAAUGUGCUAUAUUUGAUCUGCUGGACAUCCCGUUGUAUCAUGGCUGGAUUGUUGAUCCUCAGGAUUAUGAUACAGCUAAUGCAAUAGGGUCCAAGUCCUAUAAUGCUCUUAUGGGGGAGCUUGUUGCUCUUGAAACAAGAAACAUGGAAGGUCAGCAUAAGAAUAGUCCUGAAGAAGAUUGUGUUGAUUUUGUGGCUGCAACAACUGCAGCUCUUGGUGUUCCUUCUCCAAGUCUCUCAAAAACCAGGUCCUUUGAUGAUUCUCCACAUUCUGUUUCUGAUCGACAAAUGCUCAGAAAAGGGGAUCUUGAAGAAGAGGCAGAGCUGUUGAGAGCUUUGAAGUUAUCUGAGGCUGAUUCAAUAACAUCAGUGAGUAAUGCUGUUGAGGAUCAUGUAAAUGAAACCACUAUGUCUGUCAGUAAGGAUGACAAUUCAUUUGACAAGGUUAUUGCCAUAAACUCUGGAGAUGAGUUUAGAAAGAAAACUGAUUCUGAGAACAAUGACUCUCAUGAACCAGUACCCCUCAUCCGUGAUGAUUGCAUUUGCACUGGUUCUGGUAGUGAUAUCGCUGAGGAGAUAGCUUCUGCACCUACUAUGGGGGAAGUAGCCAAUUUAUCUGUAAAGACUGAUGGGGUAAAUAGCUGGGAUCAAUUGACUCAUAUGGGGCCCAAAGAAUCCAUUGAUAAGAAUAAGAACGGUCUUGAUAUUUUGGUUCAGAAUGAAAGUGAACCUCUCCAUUCUUCUGGAAAAAGUUGCCUGUCUUCAAUAGAGAGCCAUAUGGAUGUCUCAGAAGGGGGUGAAAAGGUUCACAAUCAGCCCACUGUGACAACUAAUGUUUAUAGAGCUGUAGAUGAAACCCAUGAACAUGAUCCUACAGGAUUAUCAUUAUCUGCAACUGAUAGAAAUUCAGAAUCGUCUAGUGGCAGAGUUCAGCAAAUUGAUUCCUCUGAAGAAGUAUUGUCUUCAAGCAUUGAUGGGAGUGAGCCCAUAUAUGAAGGAGAGGAAUGUGUAUUGGAUAAAGGAAAUGCAAACUUUCAGGAUAAUGAACCUGUCUACGAAGGUGAGGUAGUGCUUGCAGAACAAGCAGACAAAAGCAUUCCAACGCCCUCUGAUCCAAGCACUAAGGAUGAAAUUACACUCCAACAAGGGGAAUUGAUCAGGAGCUUCUUGAGGAACAAUGCCAGUCAGUUGACAUUUUAUGGCCUAUUUUGUUUACAAGAAGGUCUUAAAGAGCGCGAGUUAUGUGUUUUUUUCCGUAACAAUCAUUUCAGCACCAUGUUUAAGUAUGAGGAUGAACUUUAUCUUCUAGCUACAGAUCAAGGAUACAUCAACCAACCUGAUUUGGUGUGGGAAAAACUGAAUGAGGUCAAUGGUGAUACAUUGUUUAUGACUGGUAAUUUCAAGGAAUUUAAGGUAGAAAGUCAGGAAAAUAACAGCUGGGACGAGCAUAAUGCUAUGACCAGUACUGCUGAUUAUCUUGCCAGCAUAAAUAGUGCAGCACAGGCAGGCUUAGAUAUAAAUUCGGAUCUGCAACUAGCAAUUGCCUUGCAACAACAGGAGUUUGAGCAACCGCCACCUCGUCAAAAUUCACAGCAACCAUCCACUAUUGGCAGUUCCAGACUGGUCACAGGUCCUCCCCAGGCGGCAAGAAACAGCGAAAGGCAUCCAUCUUCCUCUUCCAAGGCCGAAGGGAAGUCAAAAGAGAAAUGUACAGUGAUGUGAAUAUCAUAAGCGAGAGGAGUAAUAGAAGAUUAGAAACUUGCAGUUCUUAAUGCUUGUCUUGAUGCUAUUGUAUCCCGUAACAGCAACGCCAUUCAUCAUGUAUGUGAUUUAAGUAAUGUUUCUUCUGUAAAUAGAAGAAGUAUAGUAUACCUCAGUGCUAGAUCUUUUGAACUUGUGACACCAAUCUCAACUUUUCCCC